GGCUUCUGUAGAAGUACCAGCUGGCGAACUACCCGCCGCUCCGAUGCCCUCAUCUGCACCACGAACGCCGGCACUUGAGGAGGGUCCAGGGCCGAGUGAAGGCAAGCCCGUCAGUACAAAGCGCAAGCUACGAUCCUCUCGGGCACCAGGAGAGGAGGGAAGCAAACGCGCAAAACUAUCCGGCAGCAUCUCGAAGGACUACGCACCACCGACGACCCGUCUUUCGGACCUUGGGGGCGUGGACCAAUGCGUGGAGAAGAUGCUCGAGCUCGUCGCAAUGCCUCUGUGCCACCCCGAGAUCUACCUACAUACUGGGGUUCAGCCUCCGAGAGGCGUCCUUCUGCACGGACCACCAGGUUGCGGGAAGACUAUGCUUGCCCACGCUAUUGCCGGGGAACUUGGGGUACCAUUCAUCAACAUUUCUGCCCCUUCCGUCGUAUCCGGCAUGUCGGGCGAGUCAGAAAAGACCCUGCGAGAUACGUUCGACGAAGCAAAGAGAGUAGCCCCUUGUCUACUUUUCAUCGACGAGAUCGAUGCCAUUACACCAAAGCGCGAAAGCGCGCAGCGGGAGAUGGAGAGACGAAUAGUCGCACAAUUUUUGACUUGCAUGGAUGACAUGUCGUGGGAGAAGAACGAUAACAAGCCAGUCAUAGUCAUCGGUGCAACGAAUCGGCCAGAUUCGUUGGACGCUGCUCUCCGGCGAGCCGGACGGUUCGACCAUGAGAUCAGCAUGGGCGUCCCAGAUGAGGAAGCCAGAGCUCAAAUCCUGCGUGUGCAGGCUUCAAAACUUCGCCUAGAAGGUGACUUUGACUACAUGGCGCUCGCGAAAGCAACACCUGGAUACGUCGGUGCCGACUUGGCCGCCCUGACAGGCGCAGCAGGUAUCAUCGCUGUCAAGCGUAUAUUCAAGCAGAUCUCCGAGGGCACGCUCGUCCUACCCGACAACGUCGCGCCCGCAGUGGUUUCAGGCGACGGCGAUGUCUCCAUGGCCAUCGAUCCUCCUAUAGCAGAGUCCGUCAUCCCCCAGGCAAGCAGUAGCAAACUGGUACCAUUCGCCACAUUCGAUGCCUCCAGGCAAACCGCCGGCAGCUCUAUCAUUCACUUCCUCCGGGCACACCCCGACCCGCUUACAGAGGCCCAGCUCGCCCCGUUAUGCAUCACGUACUCCGAUUUCACCCUCGCGCUGCAACACGUCCAGCCCUCCUCAAAACGCGAAGGCUUCGCGACAGUCCCGGACGUGACGUGGGCAGACAUCGGCGCGUUGCAUGGGACGCGCGAAGAGCUGCACAUGGCGAUCGUGCAGCCGAUCCGGCGACCAGAGCUGUUCAGUGCUGUGGGCAUCGUCGCCGCAUGCGGUGUGCUGCUUUGGGGUCCGCCUGGAUGCGGUAAAACACUACUUGCGAAGGCGGUUGCGAACGAGUCGAGGGCGAACUUUAUCAGUGUCAAAGGCCCAGAGUUGUUGAACAAGUACGUCGGCGAGAGUGAGCGCGCGGUGCGCCAAGUAUUUUCCAGGGCACGCGCGUCUUCCCCUUGUGUCAUCUUCUUCGACGAGCUGGACGCGCUUGUGCCUCGGCGAGAUGACAGCAUGUCCGAAUCGUCGGCCCGCGUCGUCAACACGCUCCUCACUGAGCUGGACGGCCUCGACGCCCGCAAGAGCGUAUAUGUAAUCGCAGCGACGAACCGACCAGACAUGAUCGACCCCGCGAUGUGUCGCCCAGGUCGACUCGACAAGCUGCUCUACGUUGAUCUGCCGUCCUCCGUCGAGCGCGCAGAGAUCAUUCGCAAGAUGACGCGCACGGUUCCCCUCGGCGACGACAACGCCUCUGCACAAGAUGCCAUUGAUGCGCUCGUGCGUGAGCGGUGCGAGGGGUACAGCGGUGCCGACCUGGCCGCGCUCGUGCGCGAGGCGGGUGUUGCGGCACUGAAACGAGCGUUGGGAGCGUUGGACGAGAUGGAUGGCUUCGACGGUGUGGGCGCGAGUGGUGCACAGAGCGUUAUCGUCUCAAUCGCGGACUUUGGGCAGGCGCUGGACAAGGUACAGCCGAGCGUGUCGGUCGCGCAGAGGCGCAAGUACGAGUCAUUGCGGUCGAAGUUCGCGGGGCUGCCAGUGCGUGUGGGGCGGGAUGAAGAGGCGAAGCGUGUAGAGGAAAAGGCAAGUGUGGCUUGAUCUGUCUGUUGCUGUCUAUAUAAAUGUAGCAUAUAUAGCAUGUUUCGUUAGACCCCC